AUGUCAGCCUCCAUAGAUCCAAAAGAUACGAUCUCAGCAAACCGUCGCAUCUUCUUCGCCAACGCCAUCGUAAUACUGGGCGCCUUCCAAUACGGCCUCGACUUUGGCCUAAUAGGCGGUCUCCAAGCCAUGCCAGGAUUCCUCGAAGUUCGUCUUCCCCCCCCCUUCUCACUUCCCCCCUCUUCUCACCUAACAAAAUCCAGGUCUUCGGCUUCCGCGCCCCGCAGACACCUUUAGGAUGGAACCUCACAACCGAGCGUCAACAACUAAUCUCCUCGCUCAUGACGCUCGGCGCCUUCGUCUCGUCGGGCGGCGCAGGAUUCCUGGCCAUCAAGCUAGGUAGGAAACAAUGUCUCUGGGUAGGCUGUGUGCUGUGCUGGGUAUCGGACGUGAUCAUGAUGACGACGGGGGAGAUCAAGACGCUGUAUGGGGGACGGUUUCUGAACGGGUUGGCGAAUGGGUGUUUUAUGACGUUUUCGCAGUUGUAUAUUCAGGAGGGCAGUCCGGCGAGGUAUAGGGGGUUGUUCUUGACCGCGCUGCAGUUUAGUGUUAGUUUGGUAUGUUAUUCUUUCUUCCAUUCUUGUUUGAUUUGAUUUUCUUGGAUAUCUUCUUUCUGCGAAGGAAAGGGUGGGGAUGAACUAUUAACAUAACACCUCCCAAAAGGGAACCCUCAUAGGAACAAUCGUAGACUGGGCCAGCGCUCCAAUCCCCUCCAAAACCGCGUACCUCAUCCCCCUGGGAAUUAUUUACAUUAUCCCCUUGAUCAUGGCGCUGGGACUCUUCUUCAUUCCCGAGUCACCUCGUUGGCUCCUCCUCCAAGGCCGUCGCGAGGAGGGCGUAAACUCCCUUCGACGACUCCGUCCCACAGGCUGGGACUGCGAGGACGAAGCCGCGGUCAUCGCCGCUGCCAUCGAGAAGGAAUUUGAAACCAGUUCUGGUGUUGGGGUCUGGGAUAUUUUCAGGACGAGAGUCGAUAGGAGACGGACCGUGAUUGCGGUUUGUGGGUUGACUUCCCAGGCGGCGACGGGGAGUAUGUUUAUCAUCGGUAUGUAUUAUCUUGUAUCCUGGUUUUCCAGGUGUAUGAUUUGGAAAUGGUGAUGUUGGAUAUACUGACGGGGUAUCCAGCAUACAAAGCAUAUUUCUUCUCCAUGGCCAAAGUCAAGGAUCCUUUCGCGAUGAGUUGCGUCCUCAGCACCAUCGGGCUCAUCGCCCUGAUCAUAAACUCUCUCAUCGUAAUACGCUACGGUCGUCGUCGUGUCCUGUUAAUGUCCGGAUUGACAACCUGUGGAAUCCUACAGUUAAUCAUUGCGAUCAUGUAUCAUAAACAUCCCGGUGCUCCGGUGACAGGAAACGUCCUCGUUGCUUUGUCAUGUUUAUACCUGAUGUCUUAUAAUGUUCGUUACACCUCUCUUCCUCUCGCCCUAUUCCAGAAAGACAUGAACUGACAAACACCUCUUUGCACAGGGCAUGGUAUCUCCCUACGCCUGGCUUGUCGGCGGCGAAAUCCCCUCUCAGCGUCUCCGAUCAUAUGCAUUCGGACUCGCUUCCGCAAUAGGAUUCUUCAUGGCCUGGCUAACACAAUUCACGGCUCCUUAUUUCAUAAACCCCACGGCCCUAAAUUGGGGUCCACGGUAUGGAUUCAUCUGGUUUCCAAGUAGCAUUAUUGCAGCGAUUUGGGUGUUCUUUUUUUUGCCUGAAACGAAGGGCAGGAAGUUGGAAGAACUUGACGAGAUGGUGAGUGAACCCCACGCGUCUGAAUUGUUGGUAGUAAGGUUGUAGGAUGUCGUUGCUGACUGAGCUGAAAACACUAGUUCGAGGCCAGACUUCCGGCGAGGAAGUUUAGGAAAUAUGUAUGUGUUGGUCCGUUGGCUGCUGCGGAGAAGUUGAAUGAAAGCAAGGAAAAGGUAUGA